UUGGCUGAUAAACUAAAACAAUUCCCGGGUCCUGGACAUACAUUUGAAAUCUUCUCCUCCUCUACAAAUUCCACAAUCUGAUCUCUCAAAAAACCAAAAUGCUUGAGACACAGUCUGCCGGCCCAAACUUGUCUGUUUUCUGAACGCGGAGACGGCAUUUAACCUGAUAAAAAUGCUCUGCAUUCUUAUACCAGAGCUUAUGAUUUAAAGCUAUUUUCUAAUUUGGGUAGUUUUGAAUCCUCUUGAAGCUCAAAAUCAUGGCAUCCCAAGGGAUUAAUACCAUUUUUCUUCUGUUUUUAGCCUACUUUCUUGUCUGGGUUGAGGCACAAGGUUCUGUAAGGGAUAACUGUAAUGGGGUUUAUUUGCACUACCAGGUGUGGAAUCCCUCGAGAACUUUUCCCUUAAAUGUGAGUCAAAAUGAUCAGCAGCCCUAUGUCUUUAAUUCCACUGUAACUGUGCUGAACACUGGUAGAGAAGAAGUUAGAGGAUGGAAGGUUUUUGUUGGGUUCCAGCAUGGGGAAGAGCUGGUGAACAUGAGGAAUGCUGUGAUUGAAGAUGGGUCCAGUCUGCCUGCCAAUGUUAGCAAUGGCACUGUUUUGUCAGGGUUCCCACAGACAGAUCUCAAGACUGCUAUUCAGACUGCAGGGGACUUGAACCAGAUUCAGGUGCAGAUUCAAAUGGGUGGUGUUGAGUUUGGGGUUAAUGAUUCAGGGUAUCCCCUGCCUGCCCAACUUUACUUGACUAAUGAUGGCUACACAUGCAGUCAGCCUAGGAGUAACAUUACUGGUAAGUAA